AUGCAGGACGCGCUGGUGGCCGCCGGCGUGCCGCCGCCCGAGGCCGCCGUCGCCGCCGAGGUGCUCGAGUGGGCGGACUUGCAUGGCGUGUCCACGCAUGGCAUCGGCCGCCUCAAGCCCAUCUAUAUCGAUCGCAUUCUCGCCGGCAUUUUGAAGCCUACCGCCCCGUUCGAGGUCAUCGUUGAGACGGAGACUACCGCCGUGGUUGACGGGCACGGAGGCCUGGGGCUGUACAUCGGGCCCAAAUGUAUGGAUAUGUGCAUUGAGAAGGCGAAGAAGCAUGGCUUGGCCAUGGUCGUCACGAGGAAUAGCACGCAUUAUGGCGCGGCAGGGUACUACGUGGAUAAGGCACAGGAGCACGGGUGCAUCGGGAUUACGGGCACCAAUGCUAGGCCCUCCAUCGCCCCGACGUUUGGCGUGCAGCCGAUGCUGGGCACCAAUCCUAUCACGUUUGGCAUGCCCAGUGAUGACCCGUUUCCGUUUAUCUUGGAUUGUGCUACUAGCGUCAACCAGAGAGGCAAGAUUGAAAAGUACGCGAGGGAGGGCAAGCCCACGCCGCCGGGCCAGGUCGUCGAUCGUGACGGCAACGUCCGGACGGACACGGAAGGUAUUCUGAAGGACUUGCAGACGGGUUACUGCUCGCUCGCCCCGCUGGGGGGUGUCGGCACCGACAUGGGAGGGUACAAGGGGUACGGAUACGCGACGGUAGUGGAGCUUUUGUCAUCGGCGUUGUGCAGCGGGACCACGAGCCCGGAUUUGAGCGGCGUGGACAAGGCUACGGGGAACAAGAAGGCGAUGCCGCUGGGCCACUUCUUCAUCGCGAUCGACGUGGAGCGAUUCCUGCCCGUGGGCGAGUUCAAGAACAACACGGGCAAGUUUUUGCGCCAGCUGCGCGAGUCGGAGAAGGAUCCCAAGGGCCCCGGCAGGAUCUACACGGCGGGAGAGCUGGAGCAUGAGGGUACGAUCGCCGUCGAGAAGAACGGCGGCACGCUGGUGCCCGAGGCUCUGCAGAGGGACAUGCUUGCCAUUCGCGACAAGUACGCGAGUAUUAAGGACAAGUACGCCAAGUUUAGUUUUGAGUAAGCAGGAAGGAGAGGGUAUUUAGCUGAUAUCGGGGUCUCGAAGCACUGCCCGAUCGCGGCCGGCUGCACUUGGACCGUUGGGGAAGGGCGGUCCCAAAUUCCAUAAACUACUUACACUCUCG